AUGGUUCGCUUUGCUCCCCUGACACUAUUGGCCCUGACGCCUUUGGCUCAAGCACGCUUCGACUGGUUGCAGCCACGAGGAGCUGUCGAUGAGUGCUCCUAUACCGUCACCGUCACCGAACCAGCUAGACCUCAGAAGACUCUCACUGUCACCGAUCCUCAGGGGGGUUCCUAUCGGACCGUCACUGUCCAAGAGCCUGGCGAGUCUUACACAACCGUCACUGUCACACAGUACAACGAGCCUCGCACCAAGUUUGUCUACAUCAGCCAGGGAGAAACACUCGACCCACCCAAGGAGACCAUCACCAUCACGCAUCCCGGCAAGACCGUGACUGUGACACAGACUGAGAGCGAGGAAUACGUCGUCACCAAGAAGAUCAACGUUUAUCCUAAUGGCGCUGACUACCCUGACAACAACGACAAUGGCAACUACUACCCGCCUGGCGCCAAGACUAUCACGGUCACCAACGGCUACCCUGCUCCCAGUGCCGGCUACCCUGCUCCCAGUGCCGGCUACCCCGGCUACGAGGGAGGAGUCGUCACCAAGGUCAUCGGCGGCAAUGGUGAGAAGUACUACGAUAACGCCCAAACGGUUACCGUUGUCAAAGAUGGCGAGGUCAAGACCCUGACUUUCACGCAUUUCAACUAUAACACGGCCACCACCACCAUCACUCAGCAGAAUGGCGAGGAGGAGGUCGUGACUGUCACUGGCGACUACAAGGUUGUUGAGACCAUCACUGAGCAAGACGGCGAGAACAAGGUUGUGAAGACCAUCACUGUCGAGGAGUCGAUCGAGCGCGUCGUCACCAAGACCAUCAAGGAGAGCGGCAAGGUCUACACCGUGAUCGUCACACCCGAGCCUACCAUUACCACCAUCACCAAGGAGAACGGCAAUUAUGUCACCACUGUGGUUGAGGUUCCUUGCACCUACACGCUAACCGCUCCGGCCCAGUACGAGACUGCUACUGUGAAGGGCAACAGCUACAAGACCGUCACGCGAACGGCCACCUAUGGAAGUGGAUCAGAAGUUGAGAUCAUUGUCUAUGACCCCAAGACUGGUUACUCUACCUGUGAGCGCAAGAAGGACGGCCAGCCUUGCCACUCUGGUUAUGAGAACCCUGCCUACACCAACACCCGAGGUAGCAACAGCAGCCAGACCUCCAUCGACGUCCCCAACUAUACCAAGGUCCGACCUCACGACGAUGACAACAACGCCGGCGUUUACGACCCUGAAGAGACUGACUGCGACGAGGCUGCCGUCUCCACCAGCAUCGCAACUGUCUACAACACCGUGAUCGUGACAGUGGGCGGUGAGCCAACCACCACCGCCACGCAGAGUGCGAAGCAGACCCUCGGCUACCGCGAUCUGGAGAGCUCCAACAAGCGUCGCUCUGCCGUCUCUAUCCAAUGGUAG